CACGCAACUUUAUGAAUGAGUGCGAGAGAAAGCGACGCGGUUCGGGGUUUCCCGCCAGCACUCGCGACAAAACCAACGGAACCCUCGCUGCACGCUCAGUCUCGCGCUGGCCGCCGCCCCGAGCGCACGUGUCGGCUCCUCACAGUAAUAGACGCUAGUGUUGUGAUGAAGGGUCAGAGCAAGAGGUUCGUGGACCACCUCGGGAAGGCCUACGCGAUGGGCGCAAAAAGGAAGGACGACCAUAUCGGAUUUUUAGACUUGUGGCGGUAUGCGACGGCCGGCGAGCGCGCCGCCUCGCUCCUCGGCGUGCUGCUGUCCUGGUGCUCCUCCAGCGGACUCAUCGCCGCAGUCGUCAUCUACGGAGAGAUCACCUCGCUCUUCGUGCAGAGACACAAGGCAGCGGCCACGACGCCACACGCACACAUAUUAAAGCUGUUUGGAGGAGGGAUGCAACUGCCAGCAGGCAACCGACCCGAGCACAUGGACGCGCUGGUGGACGACUCGAUCGCGUUCGCGGUGGCGAGCGUGGCGAUCAUGGCCGUACAGUUCUCCGCGUCCGCGGCCGCCGUCGCGCUGGCCAACUGGGCCGCGGGCAGGAUGAUAUCUCGGCUCCGGUGGAAGCUCCUGCGGUCGGUCAUCAGUCAAGAGAUCGCGUUCUUCGACACCAACACCACCAUGAACUUCGCGUCCACUCUCACGGAAGACAUGGAGAAGCUGCGCGCGGGCGUGGGCGAGCACGUGGUGAUGACGGGCUACCUGGCCGGGUCGGUGGUGCUGGGCGGCGCGCUGUCGCUGGCGUACGGCUGGCAGCUCACGCUGGCCGGCCUGUCGGUCGUGCCCGUCGCUAUACUGGUGGCCGCCACUGUUUCCAAGUACCAAACACGAUGCUCAUCAGAGGAAGUGGUGGCGUACGGCGCGGCCGGCCGGAUCGUGGAGGAGGUGCUGUCCGCCAUCAGGACGGUGCGCGCGUACGCUGGAGAGAAACUUGAAGUUGACAGAUACGCUCAGGCGCUGACGGGCGCAGCGGCGGCGGCGCGGCGACGCGGCGUGUGGGCGGGGCUGGGCGCGGGGCUGGGCUGGCUGCUCACAUACUCGCUCAACGCGAUCGUGUUCGCGUACGGCGCCGCGCUCUGCGUGCGCGACAUGGACCUGCCGCCCGGGGACCAGCAGUACCAUCCGGGCAUCAUGCUCACGAUCCUGUUCUGCACGUUUAUGGCAGCGCAAAACAUCGCGAUGUGUCAACCUCACCUGGAGAUAUUCUCAUCCGCGCGUGGCGCUGCUAAGUCUCUGUUCAAACUCUUAGAGAGAAAGUCCAAGAUCGACGCGCUGAGGGACGAAGGCUUGAAGCCCGAGAGCUUUAGAGGAGACAUUGAUUUUGAACAGUUGUAUUUUAACUAUCCGUCGAGACCUGAUGUUAAGGUCCUCCGCGGGCUGUCGCUGAGCGUGAAGGCGGGCGAGACGGUGGCGCUGGUGGGCGGCUCCGGCUGCGGCAAGUCCACGCUGCUGCAGCUGCUGCAGCGGCUGUACGAGCCCGGCAGCGGCCGCGUGCUCGUCGACGGGCAGAACCUGCGCGAUCUGCAUCUCCAUCACUUCAGGCACAGCAUUGGCGUGGUGGGCCAGGAGCCAGUGCUGUUUAGCGGCACCAUCAGGGACAACAUCACGCUGGGCGUGAAGGGCGUCACGGACGAGCAGAUCGUACUAGCGGCCAAGACUGCGCAUGCGCACAACUUCAUCACCAAGCUCGUUAACGGCUACGACACGGUGAUAGGCGAGCGCGGCGCGGCGCUGUCGGGCGGACAGAAGCAGCGCGUGGCGCUCGCGCGCGCUGUGCUGCGCCGGCCGGCGCUGCUGCUGCUGGACGAGCCCACCUCCGCGCUCGACCCCGCCGCCGAGCGACUGGUACAAGCUGCGCUGGACGCGGCUAGCAAAGGAAGAACCACUCUCGUCGUUUCUCACAGAUUAUCCACAAUAGUGAACGCGUCCCGCAUCGUGUACAUCGAGCAAGGAUGCGUGCUGGAGCAGGGGACUCACGCGGAGCUGUUGGAGAAGAAGGGCGCGUACUACCGACUGGUGCAGGACGAUAUGACGAGCAAGAGUAUCCCGCCCGCAGUACUGGCGCAAGCAGCGGACGCGGCGGAGACCAGGCGCUCCGUGCGGCGCUCCGCCAGCGCCGCCAGCGCGACCUCCCUGCACAGAGAAUCGUUGAUCCGCAGCAGCUGUCGUCUCGGAUCGGUGUCGUCGCGGCUCCCCUCUUCCGCUGCUGAGAUUGUCAACAUGGAAGAAGAAGCAGACGACCAAGAGUCUAUCCCUGAAGCCUCGACUUGGUCCCUGCUCAAGCUGAACGGCCCGGAGUGGCCGCUGCUGGCGAGCGGCGGGCUCGCCUCGCUGCUCGUCGGCGCUACCAUGCCGGUGUUCGCUUUGCUGCUCUCCAAGUUGUAUGGAAUGUUCGCGAGUUCAGACGGCGAGCUGAUCCUGUCGCAGUCGCAGAUGUACGCGGGUCUGUUCGCGGCGGUGGCGGCCAUAUGCGGGCUCGUCAUGUUCCUGCAGACGUGGCUGUUCAACCGCGCGGGCGCCGCCUUGACCGACCGGCUAAGGAUCAAGACUUUUGAUAAUUACUUGCAACAAGAACAAGGUUGGUUCGACGCCCAAGAAAACUCCGUCGGUGCACUAUGCGCCCGCCUCGCUUCUGACUGUGCCGCUGUGCAGGGUGCUACUGGUACCAGACUGGGCACGGUUCUCCAGGGAGUCAGCACGAUGGUGAUUGGCGUGUCAUUGGCGCUGGCCUACUGCUGGAAGAUGACGCUUGUCAGUCUGCUCAGUGUGCCAUGUGUAAUCGGCGGGAUCUACUUGGAAGGCUACGUCACCAAGCGCACAGAGGUUCAGGAGCGGCGCGCGCUGGAACAAGCCUCGAGGAUCGCGACCGAAGCCGUGCUGAAUAUCAGAACUGUGCAUAGUUUGGGCGUGGAGCACACCAUCCUCUCCCGCUACAACGCAGCGCUGGCGGAGGCGGGCGCGCGCGCGCGCGCGGCUACGCGCAUGCGCGGCCCCGUGUACGGGCUGUGUCUGUGCGCGCCCACGCUGGGCUAUGCUGUGUCGCUGGCGUACGGCGGGUAUCUCAUCGCCAGGGAGGGGCUGCAGUAUGAGUACGCUAUUCUCGUGGCCGAGUCGCUGAUCUACGGCGCGUGGAUGCUGGCGGAAGCUUUAUCAUUCGCGCCCAACUUCGCGGCCGCGCGGCGCUCCGGCGCGCGCAUCCUGCUCGCGCUGCGCAGGCGCCCCACCAUCGUCACCGAGGACACCGCCGUCGAUGAUCCGCAAUGGUCAGCAACAGGCGAGCUGAGCUUCAACUCGGUUCACUUCCGCUACCCGACGCGGCCGGCGCCCGUGCUGCGCGACCUGCGCCUGCGCGUGGCGGCCGGCCGCACGCUCGCGCUGGUCGGCGCCAGCGGCUGCGGGAAGUCCACGCUCAUGCAGCUGCUGCUCAGGAGCUACGACCCGGACCAGGGCACAGUGUUACUGGACGGGCGGGACAUCAAGCGCGACCUGCCGCUGCCGCGGCUGCGCGCGCAGCUCGGGCUGGUGCAGCAGGAGCCGGCGCUGUUCGAGCGCAGCAUCCGCGACAACAUCGCGUACGGCGACAACAGCCGCGCGGUGCCCAUGGACGAGAUCAUACUGGCCGCGCAGAAGGCCAACGUGCACAGCUUCAUUGCCAGUUUGCCUGCUGGCUACGAGACCCGUCUCGGACAAGGAGGAGCGGCGCUGUCCGGCGGACAGAAGCAGCGCGUGGCGAUCGCUCGCGCUCUAGUGCGGAACCCGCGAGUGUUGCUGCUGGACGAGGCGACCUCUGCGCUUGACGCCGCCAGUGAGAAGGUCGUGCAAGAAGCGCUGGAGGCGGCGGCGGUGGGCCGCACCACCAUCAUCAUCGCGCACCGGCUGGCGACCGUCAGGCACGCCGACACCAUCGCUGUCAUAGACCAAGGCACUGUUGCUGAAAUGGGUUCACACGAUGAAUUGGUUCGAAAACAGGGCCUCUACUGGGAUUUAUUACAGCAGCAAGGACCGGCGUAAAAUUAACGGACAUUUGGUUUCGGUGCCAUUUUGUCCAGUAAAACUGUCAAUGUCAACGUUGAGACGUCACGUCCGUAGUGUUGCCAUUGCACAAUGAUUUGACACUUCCGGUUAACUGUCAAAUUUAAAUGAAGAUGAUUCAAUGUGAGACUUUUUGAUCUCGAUCACAGCGCUCUGGCUCUCUAGUGGCAGAAAAGCUCAAAACUAUGUUGUAUUGCUGCAAAUUUAUUUCUCUUUAAUGAAUUUAGAGAUAAUGAAUAAAUAUCAAAAAUUUGCUUUAUACUGAGAUUCCUGUAACAUUGCAUUUAAAAUUUUAAACAAUUUUUAAUGAAUCUUGAUUAAAUGUCUUAUCACUAAAGAAAUUGUUUAUGAGCUGUGACAUAUCGAUACUGUAAUUUUAACGACACAACGUUAAAGAAAAUAAAUUAACUAUUGUGUUCAUAAAUUAGCUCACUAAAUAUUAGUUAUAAGCACUCGUAGGAUUGUUUACAAUGUUAUUACAUACUCCGUUGUUGUGAUCAAAUAAAAUUAGUGAUCAAUUACAAUUUUCUCAACUAAUUCACUUAAGUAGCUACUUCAUUUCGGUGAAGUACUUAUUUAAACUCUUUUGAUCAAUAACAUUCUUCGCUUGUCUAUUUCUCUAAUUAGAUGAUAUUACUAGAGUUAAGCGACAAUGAUGAUAUAAGUAUUUCGCCAUGACUGUGAUUAUGAUUCUAUUAAGUUAUUAAUUUAUCUGAUAACCAUAAAGAUGUCAGUGUCAUCAAAGAGGGUUAGUACAAAUUGUAGGUAUUAUUUUCCUUGAUUGGGUCGAAUUUAUGUAUAAUUUUGCUUUUUAUUUCCUCUUCUUUUUUUCUUUGACAGUAACACGAGUUUAAAGUGUUCGUGUUUCUUACGCUUUUGUGUAAAAAAAUUAAGUGUCAGUAAUUUAAACAGUCUUGUGUUUUCUUCUUUGUACCUAGGUUAGGUACCUACCUAUUCCAUCUUCUAAAGUUGAAUAUUAUCUUACUUUGUGUAAAGUCGGUAGUAAAUGUUUUUUUGGCCCAAUCAGGAUUAUCGAAUACUUGAAUAGUUUUAUAGCAGACGUAGGUAUUAUUUAAGUCCACAGUGGCGUUAUUUAAGGAAUUACAUUUUCAAACAACUUCAAAAUGGUUCUUUUUUUAUAUUUUCAUGACAAUUCAAUUAUUAUUUUAUUUGAAUUUAUUCAAAGUAGUUCUUAAAUAUAGCCAUGAAUCCUUGUGAUAAAUAAAACAAAAAUGUUCUGAUAUAAUGUUUUUAAUUUUUAAAAUGGAUUGUUUAUACUGUCUUGAGCGAAAGUACACGGAAAGCUACAGUCUAAA